UUUAUUUCAACCAUCUAUUAGCUACAAAACAAAGCGGUCAACAUAACAUACAUACCAUUACUCUUAUACAUUCCUAAAGUUAUACUUGGAAUUUUUAAGUGAACUCCAAGAAUUUAAAGCUUUACGUUUCAAUUUAUUUUGAAUGUAAUACUGGUGGCUUAGACGUAGAUUUAAUUAAGACAACCAGGUUAUAAAAUUUCUUCCGUAACAUAUUUAGUUUUUGUAUAAUGGAAAAGAAAUGCUUCAAAAUUCUACUGCUUCUAUUGUUAGAAGUAGUUUUGUCAUCAUGUGGAGAGAAUUUAACGGAUAUAUCGUAUACAAGCGAAGAUCAAAGCCACUCAAAGAUCCUUUCAAGAAGAAAGCGAUAUCUCAUAUUUCCUGAUGGAAGCUCGUUCCAGUUAGUUUUUUGCGCUCAGAAUCAAGGAUAUUUGCAAGUCGGUGAUGUCGUGUGGUUUGGUAAUACGGCCGCUCUAGCUUGGGAAUUACCGACUGAUCCCAAAUUAUUUAAUAUCUUCAAAAAAUACGAUAAAUUUCACACAGCACAGAACAGAGACGGCGUUUCAAAGCUAAUUUAUUAUCUGGAUGAGACAGGAAAAGUUAUAACAAAAAAGCCGUACAGAAAGAGACCAAUAGUUAAUCCAGCAUUCGCUAAACGAAGUUUGGAUGGUUUAGAUAAUCCUCUAUCCAUUCAGAAAUUACAUGAGGAGCAAAAAAGUAUUAAGCCGUUCGAAGGCGCUGAUACAUCAACUAUCGACUUUCAUAGAGAAGGGAGGAAAAGUUUAUAUACGCAACUUGAAAAGUUUUUACAGGCACUUGGUUGGAGUGGUCGAGAAUGUAUACUCCGUCUGCUAUGCGAAGCCGGACGAAGCAGUGGAAAGCAGGGCACGUUUAUUGAAGAAAUCUUGAGAGUGACUUUUACUCUACCCGAGGGGAGUAAAUAUGAUAGCGAGGAAUUAAGCCAAUACGAUUCGGCUCAUAGAAGCAAAGGCAGUUGCGAUAAUUUAUACAAGCACUGCCACAAAUCCAAAUAACUCAUUAACCUUAUAAAUAUUUAUAUAUAGCAAUAGUAUAGUAUUUUAGUUUUAAUUUAUAAUUUUAUAGACACAUACUUUGGUUUUAUUUUACGAAGUUGACGACGACGUUAUGAUUUAAAAAAUCUAUAUUCCCGAAAUGAACUUAUUUAUUUAUGUAAUAUUUGAUAUUAAAUAAACGCUUCGUUAACUUUGUAGUUAACGUUUAACGUUAAAACCAAAAGUACUAGUUUAUCAUAUUAAAUGACAUCUGCGGCCAAUGUUUCAUUAAUUUUCUUGCUUAUUGGCUCGGAUACGAGCAUAACACAUCGAAUUUGCGGUCUUGCAGAUAUAAAAAACAAGCUCGAAUUAUAAUUUUAUCCACAUUUUUUUAAAUUCCUUUUUUGAUUUUACAGUAAACUUAAGACAUGCAUUAAAAACACAUGUCGACUGUUUAAAUUAAGAAAAUUAAAGCAUUGACAUUAUAAUUGAAAAAAAUAUAUUUCAAUUAAAAUUUAUUUGCUUUCUGAUGAAUUAUGUAAGAAUUUAUUUUAAAACAUUUAUUAUAAAAAAGGAAAAGUAAAUGUUAAUCAAUAUUAAAUAUUUGAAUCCAUCAUAAUUAAUGUAUUUAAUUUAAUUUACUUCGUACUUUAAAUAGAGAAAAACUCAAAAUUACGCAACACAAUUGGGACAAAGUUCAACAGAGCUACAAUGGCGCUGUCCAAAUAGACUUGUAGAAUUCGAAGACGAAAUUCCAGACAAAAGUUAAUAGGCAAAUGUAAACAUUAAGUCAAGAAGGCAGAGCAUAAAUUAGAUUGCUCGACGAAAUUUCGGGAAGAUGAAGGUGUUAAACUAACGUAAUGAGAGACGGCACCCGCUCUAAUUUUUUGAUCAAACAUCCUGGGUCAGUGAACAGCCUCUAGGAAAUGUCAGGUAGACUUAGUUUGUCGUGAUUUAUAUGUUAUGGAAUAAGUAUUUACGAAUCGUAAGCAAGUACAUAAAUUAUGACGAAAGUAUGAAUGUUGUAUAAAAAUUUGCUAGAUAUCUCAACAACGAUACUUUUAAAAUUGAACAAAUUUUCUAUAUCUAUUCUUUUAAAAACGUUACAAUAUAUGUAUGUAAUGAAAAAUUUUAUUAAUAGUGUGACAACUUCACGAAAACUUCCGAGAUUGUUAUGAAUUUUAUUAUUUAAAUAAAAAAAAACUUUAUGAUUUCGCUCUCAAAUCAUGUUUUGGAAGUAUGUAGCAGUCCAAUCGUACAUU